UACAAGUGCAAUUGACAGGCGAAAAACACCGGGGUGAACAGCCGCCCAAGUUUCCCACCGAAAUGUCACAAAAUGUCAGAGUGACACUCAAAGUUCACUCACCAGUGCGUGCCUCGAUGUGACGAGAAAAUCCUCCAUGAUAGCUCAGACGUCUGCCGUCCGGGUUUGACAGCUCCUCGAGGUUAGAAACCCCUUAUUAUUAUUUCACGCACAGUAACACUCAUCCCGGAGCACUCCAAAACUCAAAAAAAAAACGGGGAAUAAAUUAACGCCGGAGUAACAACAACUAGACUCCCCCUUCGUUCUAUUUGUCCCACCGAGUCCGGAGGUAACGUGGGUGGGAUUAACGACCGAUUCAGUGGUCCACAGAACCCGUGAGGCGUCUAACUAACGUGUGUGGUACAAACGUAUGAAGAAAAACGAGAAAAAAGACGGUACUCGAUAGAUCAAUGGCGCAAGAGUUGAAGUGUUUCUGCUGUUAGUAAAGAACAAAAAAGGAGUGCAUCUCGAGAUUGUUUUUCCCCUCAAUUUUUUGCCCCUCAACAAUGUGAUACUCAUCAAAGAGAGGAUCGUCUUCCCUUUGAUAAAAGUGAUGAUUGAAAAAAUAAUUCCGGUGAACAGCUGGGGAACACGAGAAUAGCAACCAAUCCCCCGUGUAUUUAAUUGAAAAUCGUUAAGGUAAUGAUGAUUAAUUUUGUGGGGCGUAGGUAAAACUGAGGAUGAGGUUUAAUAAACAGGAAUUAAUGACACUGGCUACACAGCCGUCGCAAAAGUUUGACAAGGAGGGCACAUUGUGCAUACGUGAGCGUCAGGAGGGAUUCUUUCGUAGGACAGAGAGUACGGGUAAAAAAGUUGAGCGCAAAAGACAAAAAGGAAAAACCCAUAAGACUCUACGACAACUCAGUUGUGUUACAGCCGGCACAAGCAAAGUAAGCCUGGAGCGUUGGUGCAGAUUACGGGGAAAUCUCUUGUUCUACUUCAAAUCAAAGGAACAAUGGUCCGAACCAAUGGGCGUAAUUAUCCUGGAGCAGUGUAAUUUCCGGGUUGAACAGCCUACUAAUCAGAUUCCCUAUGGAUUUAGCAUAGUGUUCGACGGAGGCUUGUAUCAACAACUGGGCGCAAGUUCCUCAGACGAGCGAGACAGUUGGCUGCAAGCCCUCCAGCUGGCAAGUUACGAAUGCAUGAGAAACCAAUUGCUAGCCCUCCGCGAAAGAAUAGAGGCGUCCAGUGGCCACAAGAAUGGCACAGACAUCCAAAUGUUGCGCCUGCAACGUGGCAUUGUGAUAGACCCAGCCGAAGUGCCAAUAUGCGAGGUCUCCCUCUCCUGUGAUAAUCUCUUGUGCGACGGUCACGGUCGGCCCCCGAACCCGGUCCUCGAGAUAGACGUGCAAGCCUCAAAAUCCCGAACGUGGAUCAAAUACGCGAGAACCGAGGUGAUCGAGAGAAGCAGUAACCCAGGUUUCCUGACAACCGUCAGCUUUCGCGGAAGCGACGGUUUGAGUACCGACACAAGAGUCAGAAUAACAGCUUACGACGUGCGCGAGAGAGUCUCCCAGACGGCGACUCCAAUUGGCAGUGCAGUUGUCACCUUUUGCGCUGUUCAAGACACCCCAAGACUGAGGAUCCCCCUGAAAAGUCCAAAAUCCACAACAGUCGGCUUCCUCACGAUAAACGUCUGGAGUCUGGAAGCCGACGACAAGGGGAAUAGCACGGAGAGUACCCCCUCGAGAAACCCCUCGUCCACAAACCAGAUGUUCUGCCACAGGAGGUCCCAGUCCCUCCCGCCAAGACUGGGAACCAAGAUAAAACUCCCCCACCAGGGUCAGCUGAAACUCCUCUUCGCCAACACUCACGUGCAAACCUACAGGUUCCACUCAGGUCUGGGGGGCGACAUCUGCGUGCACGAGAUAAUGGCCGAGAGCAAACUCUGCUUCCAGUUCCCUCAGCAGCUCCUCGGUAUUUGGAUCCAAGAGGAGAAGGAGCUCCUCCAGGAAGUCGCCGGCAUGGGGGAGCUGCGCGAGCCCUGGCACACGAAACAGGUGGAACUGCUGGACCGACAUCUCCACCUUCUCCACCUGUACUCCCAAGCGAAGGAGAAUCUCUCGGGGUUCAAGGGCAGCUACUUCAAGCGCUCUUCCAGGAGGAACGACAGAACUCUGGAGUUUGCACCGUUGAACUUGCACCUGCAAAGGAUGUGGGUUCACAAUGACACUCUGAACAAAUGUGGAUUUUACGAUCUUGUGAGUGUCGGGGCGUUCACAGCGCACUCUCACAAAAGUAAGAACGGCGGCUUGAUCAGGCUGGUGCAGGCCCUGAAGGAAUCCCCAACGAGGUACAAUCAGUUGUACCAAGGCACGUCUAAGAUCACAAUGGCUCAUGACGCAAUCCAAGCCAUAAAACAACUUCGAAGGGACGUCGUUGAGGCCAUGAGAUCUUUGAUAAAACUAGCGAAGGAGAAGCAGACCAGUGGAAUGCUUCCCAUUUGCGAGGACAUGAUCUCAAAGACCAGAAUACUCCUCAGUCUGUGGGACCCAGGCCUCGUCGAGGAAGCCCUGACAUUCCUGGAGGAGCACAAAGUAUCGAAACCACCAGAGGAAGCUAAAAACCCAAACGACGAAAGUUUGUCCCUGAAUUUCCAGUCAAACCAAUCCCUCUCACCUUUCAAACGAAUAACCCAACAGCUGAACUUCGACCUCAAAAGUCCGGACUUUGACGACCUGAUAACCCCGGACACUCCAGAGUGCAUUCAGGACAUGUGGGCGAAGGAGUCCGCGAGGACCAAGUACUCUGUGCAAAAGCUAGCGAAUUCCAAUGACACGGUUGAGGAGAACUUUGUUAUAUUCCCGGAUGUCGAGGACGACUUGAAGGAGUCGAAGGAGGAGAGAGAGUCUGAUAGAGAUCAGGAAGACCCUGAUGACAACAACAACGAGGACGACGAGAAGGAGGAUGACUUGCGGGGGGAGCUGGACCUCGGCAAGAGAUUCCUGGAUACCCAGAAAAUGUGCAAUUCUCCAUCAGCAAAUUACUACAAACCGACGGACGAACCAGAGCCCUGGGAUCUCACUCAGCUGAAUAUCGAAGCCAGUGUAAUGUGCCUAGUGUCGAAAGUUAAGUUUCUCUGCGGUAGGUGCAGCAGUCCUGCGGUUCGUUUGAGGAAUAAAAAUGGUGUUGCUAGAACACAAACUUUGAGAGGUCUGGCGGAUCGCGGUAAUGUGGUUACCAUUCAGCCGAAGAAUGAUGUUAAGAGUGAUGAGUCUUGCAAGUUGUUGGAUAAUGGUAAUGGGAAGGGGAGCGAGGGGGAGACGGGAUUUGCGAAGGCUAAGGAGGUCUGUCAGGCGGUGGACAGUAUGACGAGGGUCAUUAAGAGUAAUUCUGGGGGGAGGAAUAAGUUCACUGAGGGCUUGGACUUUGCGUCCAUUGUAGAUUGGACCAGUGAACUCAGGCCCAGUAUGAAGAAGCUGAGGCAGGCGAUGGAUGGGCUACUGAAGACUGCGAGGCUUACGCAUUCCGUCUUUCGCGUGCAGGAGGACGCCAAGAUUGCGCAGAGGGCGUGCAAUGUCAGGUACAGGAGGGAUGUCUGCUUCAGUCAGGCUCUGACUGCCCUGGUCACUGGGUUGAUGGCGAAAUUGUGGUGCCAGAGGCCUGAUCCACUCUUCCUCCUGAUCCUGACGACCCUGGGGCCUCUUGCCUCGUUCGAGGGACUCCUCAGCUAUUAUGGGGAGGAGAUCGACAUGUGGGGGGACAUGGCUGUUGCCGUUGAAGACAUGCUCACUGUCACGUUUACCUUGACAAGGUGUGGCCUGUCUCAUUCUGGGCUUGAUAAGGACAGCAAUUCGCAGGUUCCUGUGCCCAGGGUCGUAGGCUCCAGGACUGCGUUGACCGUUAUACUUCCCGUUCCUGAUGGAAUCUACUCGCUCUUGCCACUUGCACCCUCUUCCAGGCAGACUAUUUCGUUUAAUGUUACUCCGGUGUUUUUUAAUGUGGGGAUCAAUGAGCUUGCCUCGCUGGCGGAGAGCUUGGGGACUACUAAACCACAGGAGAAGAGUAACAUGGAUAAUUUUGAGAGACUGAAUGAGUAUUACUUGAGGUUUAAGAAGCUCAAUUUACCGACUGAGAGCAGUGCUACGAGGUUAACUGGUGGACGAUCAAAUGUGAAUCAAAGUCUCGGUGAUAUGAUGAUGAAUCUAAAGGCCAGUGUACAGGCAAAAAUAUCCAAAAACACUGAUAUCCUGCAGCUGUCCUCCCAAAUAUGCAGGCGCAUGAAAGGGCUGAGGUUUACCAGCUGCAAAAGUGCCAAAGACCGUACAGGAAUGUCGAUUACAAUCGAGCAAGUUAAUAUUCUUGCUACUGAAUAUCAUUUGUCGGAGCAUGAGUUCAUCAGGGCUUUGGACUGUAUGCGCAGUGAGGGCUGCAGACGAGAGAAUACAUUGAAGAACACGGGCAUAAAGAAAUACGCUUUCAACAGUCUACAAAUUUUGACUCUACCAAAAUUGUACAGACCACCAACAGGUACCUACGGAUCGGCACAAACUUAAAUUUCUACGAAUUUAUAAAUAAUUCUAAAUUAAUAGUCUAAUACAAAUUAGGAACUUAACGAAGUUUUUAACUGCUGAAGUUUAAUCGGACUAAUAAGUCAAUAAUGAUUGAGUAAAUCAACUUCCACAAGAAAAACUAUUCCUCACACAAAUAAUAGAACACAAAUGAAUAAUCAAAGUGAUGACUUUGGUUUAGUGCCAUUAAUCUUUAUCGAAAUAUGUGAUUUUAAAUAAUGUAAAUAUGGCAAUGUAACAAUUAUGGAAAGGGUAACGUUAGUUGAUAAAUACCUCACUCUUUUAUUAUUGAAAAUGUAAAAUCCCCGGGUUAUUUGUAGCAUUACGUUAUUCGACGAGAAACCCGCGGGGGAAUGCGGAUUAAAAAUGUUAUACGUUGAUGUGUAGAGAACAAAUAUAUAGAAAAAAAUUAUUGUUUCGAAAAAAUAAACGGUUGGUGCGUCCUAGGCGCAUUCAUUAUCAAAAAU